AGCGAGUAGGUCGCGCGUUGAGUCUGAUCACUAUGAAUGCUUCCCUGCUGGCGGCGCUAUCCUCACCGGUCCGAGGCGCCAGGACGCCGGUGAGCAACGCUACUGCCAGCGGCAAGACCAAGCGGGAUCGGCCGACGCACACCACCGGCGCAGGAUCUACAAGCAACAAGGAGAACACAACAUCAUCAUCAUCAUGGACUGCAGCAGCGAGGACAGCAGCAACGGUGGAUGGCUCCCGUGCCCCGGCCUUCACCGCGCUGGAGCCUCCAAGCACGCCGGGGAGGAUGGAGAAUCUUAGGGUACUGAUUGAGGAAGGGAAAAAGGCGGCGGCGGAGGGGCGGCUCGCCGCGGCUCUGCGCAAGUACGAGACGGCCAUGGUGACGCUGCCUGAGGCGAGAAAUAGAAGAGAAGACACCCAUGCUGCGGCGUACAAGCCCAGGCUUCGGAAAAAGAUUACCAGGCUGGAAGCCCUUUUGGACGACGAGGAAGAUCGCGCCCCCGGCACGCCGGCACGUUUGUCAUCGAAGGCUUGCCGAAAGGCCGUGCACGAUCUGGACAAGGAUCCGGGCCCGCUGGACCUUCUCCGCAUCGCCGUACGGGACGUCGCUGGUGCGGGCGGCGGGGGCUCAGCUUCGGGCCCGCCUUCGGGCGCAUUGCCUUCCUCAAGCUCCCGGCGAUCGUCGCCGCUAGCUCGCGCUUUCACGGGAUCCCGCGAUGCCAUGACGUACAUGUCCGGUACGGGUAGGUGUUCCGCGUCGCCGAAUAUCCAGGAUGUCGGCCUCGACAUGGCCCGCCUCGGGGACAAAAUGUCGGCAUCAAGCGUGCUCGCCACCGCCGCCUCAGAACCCUAUCGGUCGCCCUCACGCCCUCGAGAAACCGCCGGCGAUGACGACCACGCCUGGGGGCUUUCCUUGAGUGAAGAGACCAGUCCAGCGGCGGGGGAGGCCGGGCCAGAGGAGGAGGAGGAGGAGGAGGAGGAGGAGGAGGAGGUGGAGAGAGAGUUUGACGGGGAAUGCAUGGACGCACAGGAGCGCCUACGUGCGAUGAACAGGGGGCUGAGCGGCAAGCUGGAGAAGCAGGUCGUAAACAUCGUAAACCAGGCGAGCAGUGCGGAGCUCACCGACCUGCACGGGAUUGGGCCCCGGAGAGCGCAGCUCAUUCUGCAGACGAGGGCGGCUGCCCCCUUCGAGACCCUGGCGGAUCUGUCGCGCAUCGGCAUGUACCCCAAGCAGAUCGAGAAAAUGGGACGUCACAACAUGCUAGAGUGCCUCGACGUAUGCAGUCCCGUCGAAAGCUCGACGCCGGAGGAGGCGGCAUCAGGAGCGGCAGCCCUUUGAUUGUUUUUUUUGCACAAUGCUCGUAACCUUAGAAUACACUGAUGGGGAAGCAGCGUACUACUGUAUGUGCAUAGUAUUCGGAGCUACCGUUCGGUUUCUGUUGCUUGAUUUUCAAACUUGUAGCCCUCGAACACUACUGGUGAAGCAGCAUCGUGUUGUAGUAUUCGGAGCUUACCUUUGGUGUAAAGUUGGCUUCGGAAGUACUUCCGAAGUGUUUUUUUCAUAGUUUUAGCCGGAGAAAUACACUGAUGAAUAGCAGCAGCGAAUGAUAGCAUUCGGAGCUAGCUUUGGUUUGGCUUGUUUGGCUAUUUUUUGGCACCUCUCACGUCCGCGGAGACAGUGAGCAACGAUCGAGCGCUCGACGGUAAGACGGUUGAUUGGAUGAUUUGUUCGCCGCAUGAACUCUUCUUCGUUAUAGCACGCAAGUUCGCCUCAACAAGGAGAUCGAGUUUUGGAGAUGUAUCACAACUAGUUUUUGCGGCUCGCUUCGGAUGUACUCAUGUUGUAGACCGGCACAAGGCUUUCGACUGUGUCUGCUCAAUAGUUUUUUUCGUUCAUCGACGGAGAGCAGCGGGGGGGAUACUUUUAACGUGGUAAGGUGGCCGCCGGUGUUCAGUUUGGCCAGGAGGAAAUGAUACCGGAAGAGAGAUACUACUGCCCGUACCCGAACAGUUUGUAGUCGACGCCCCCCCCCUGCCCCCCCCGGUACAGUACAGCACACGGUGGGAAUCAACACGGCAUGUGCGGAGGUGGCGGCGUCAUUGUAAACUACCCAGGUGUUUUUUUUGUAAUUUUUUGUGCGGGUCGUUCUAACCCAUUUUUUUUUUUUUUUAUGUUUCUUUAUGUUGGGGACUAUUUUAUAGACACCAGCGAUUUCGGAAAAGACAUCCAAUGUGGGGGUUCCGCGUGUACAUAUCGGAUUUGAAAGUGGUUGGUCAAGGAGCGCACGGCAAAACCCAACCCUGUCUGUAUUUCGCCAGUUUGUGACAAAGAGAGGAGCAAUCAUGGGUGUUUAAAAUU